AUGGAGAUGUUCGACGCCUCUCGUUCGGGUGGGCGAAAGAUCAGCAGCACUACGAGGGCACGCAAAGAAAAGAAACACGGAAGUGGUUUGAAGUUGAUUGACUAUCUGCUACCUGAAGAGGAUGAUGAACAAGAAGAAGACGAAGAAGAAGAGAAGAAGACGAAGAAGAAGAAGAAGACGAAGAAGAAGAAGACGAAGAGGCGAAUGAACAGUGUCAGACCCACGCUGGAGGAUACAUCCAGCUCCAACGUUCCCUUCCUUCCUAUCAUGAAACCAAUGAUGGCCUUCCCGCCCUCCCGAAGAAGAAGAACAAGAAGACGGCAAUGA